AUGAGAUUCAGAGAAGUGAUUUUCUUCAUACCAGGAAUACUUUACAGCACUGAGAGAGAUGUGCUGUAUGAUACAAUAGAGGAGAUACAUGAACUCUAUAUAUUAUUCAGAGUCUUUGGUGAUGAUGAUGAUGAUGACGAUGAGGGACAUGAUGGAGUUUAUAGAGGACAUGAUGCUCUUUUGGACCCAUGUAUUGAAACCAAACUGGACGAUAAGGUUUUGGAAUCACUUGUGUCACAGAUGAGAAAAACUUCUCUGAAGGACCAAGUCACAUUCCAAGAACCCAAGAGCCUUUAUGUCCUACCGUCCUUGCUGCCUAAACUGAGGCCUAAAAGGAUUAAAUUGGACUUUUCAUCUUCAAUACCGCGAAGAAACAUCCCACACCUCAUUCAGACUCUGAAGUCUGCUGCCAAUAACAACUUUGGCACAGCGGUUGAGCUUUUGAUGUAUCUAAGUGACUGGGCACAACUUCCAGGACAGGAAAAGGACGAGGAGGAGGAGGACCAGGUUUUGCCUCCAGUGGAUAAAUUACAACUGGACAUUAAGGAUGACGGAUCCGAAGACUUGGAGAUCCUGAGGAGGUUGAGGCUCUUUUCUCUCGCGACUCCACCAAAGGAAUUACUGAGAUUCGUCUACUACAUGAGGUCUGCUCCUCGCGCCGCCCAGGUCCUCAACAGGACUUUGUUUCCAACAACCAGGGAAGAAGAAGGGGGAGGAGGCACCACUCAUUUAUGGGUUCGCUUAGAUAAAGGUUCUCCUGCUGACAUAACGCUCCUACUUCGGUCGCUGACUGUUCCUUCUGCUCCGCCUCUGAGGCGAAUAGGGAUUCGCUUGCCUGGUGGUCCGAAGAUUGGAGACGAUGAUGUGGAAGAAUGGAAGCAACUCUGCAAAACAAAGGAGUGAAAUACUUAUGCGUUGUCAGUGCUCCACAUGAGGUUAUGGUGAGUGCUGAUAGUGAAGAAGAAGAAGAAGAAGAAGAAGAGGAAGAGGAAGAAGAAGAACAACAACAACAAGGAGCAGAAGAGAGGAAAAGGGAAGAAGGAGAAAAUGAGGAAGAGAAGAAGAAGGAUUGUUGUUGUAUCUUAUGAAGAUCUUUCGGUAAAGUGCAAAUGGCGUCUUGUAUCUUAAGUCUCUUUUAUUCCUUUAGUGUCUUUAUUCUUUGUUCAGAGAGAGAGAGAGAGGGAGAGAGAGAGAAAGAGAGAGCCAACAGAUGCUCAUAAACAGCAAGUCUGUCCUUUACUGCAUCUCUC